AUGGCUUCAUUUGAUUUCCAAUCACUGUUUACGAAUGUUCCCGGUCGGGAGGUCAUACGUAUCAUGUGUGAUCAUGUGGAGCAAAACGAACUGAAAAUCGGUAUACCAGUAUCAGUUCUGGUACGACAAUUACUACUGUGCACAACAAACGUAUCGUUCUCCUUCCUUGGUUGGGCUUACAGACAAAUUGACGGUGUCGCAAUCGGAACUCCAUUGAGCCCCAUUCUGGCACAUAUGUUUUUGGCUCAUCUUGAGGAAAAGGCGAGCAAAAUCCUCGAACGUUCACAACUUUACAAACGAUACGUUGAUCAUGUUCUAGUCAUCACAAUAAGUCUAGAAGAGACAACAUGGAUUAUGGAUAAACUCGAUCGCCUGCAUCCGAAUAUACGAUUUACGAUGGAAACAGAAAUCGAAGAUACACUGCACUUCCUCGACAUUAAAAUGACUAGGAAUAAUGAUGGAACAAUGGCCAGAUCUGUUUACCGAAAAGAAACCUGGACAGGCCAAUGCUUGCAAUUUGACAGCUUUGUGUCUGUGGAAUAUGAACGUGGUCUGGUCCGAACACUAUUUCAAACAGCACGACAUAUCUGCACAGAAGACAUGAUUGACAACGAACUACGACAGCUGAAAGCAUCUUUGACUAGAAACGCUUAUCCCGAUGCGUUUAUCGAAAAGCACAGCAAGCCUAAAUUGAUCAGACAAACGAAUUGUUCAGCAGAAAAACUACUAGUCACCCUUUGUCUUCCAUUCAUACGUGAUGACAUCAAUUGCUUGCUCAAACGACCACUUGGAUCAGCGCUUGCCCAAAACAAAUAUUAUGCACCUGACCUCAGAAUUAUUCAUCGAACGAUUGAGAUCCCCACACCCUCGGUGAAACAACGUCCACCUCUGUACACCAAAUCGAAUCUGAUUUACCAAUUUCAGUGUAGUUGCGGAGCAACGUACGUGGGUCGAACAGAGCGCCAGUUACGUAACCGAGUGAUUGAAUAUAUUCCAAAUUGGGUACAACGUUUUGUGAUGCAAUCAGGGUCAGAUCAAAGGCAUAAUGACAACGUUCGAAACCAUAAGAUCCCGUCGUCGGCUGUCGGCCGUCGGCCGUCGGCCGUCGCUCGUCAUCUUCUGAUGACGCAACAUCCAGCUGACCGAAGCACUGCGUUUCGGGUCAUUUACGUGGCAAAGAAUACCGGGCUUUUGUGGUUUGUUCAAACCAUUGCCAUACAUUCAUGGAAACCUAAUAUUGUGUCAGCACAAACAGCUCUUUGUUCAUGUGUCUUUAUCAUGGUGACGUAA